AGGAAAAGAGAGGAAACAACGUUCUCUCCAGAAUUUCUCAGAUUCUUUCCCUUCAUAAGUAAAACCCGAAAAGCGAAAAAAAAAUAAUUGCAUUCGGAUCCUAGGGCUUGGGAUUGAAGUUUCUGAGAGAUUCUCCGGCGAAAUUCAAGACUCAAAUCUCGGCAAUGUCGACGUUUUCGCCGUCAUUGGCCGCAAUUUCGUUUCUUUUUCUGAUUCUUCUGAAUCUAUCUCUGGCUUCCGCCAAUUCUUCGACGGAGAUUAAAGGAGGAGCGAUUCGAUUACCUUCGGAGAAGAUCAACGGUGAAAACAGAGGCGAAUUCUGUAAAGGAACGGUUAAACCGGCUACGUGUCCGGUUAAGUGUUUCAGGGCUGAUCCGGUUUGCGGCGAGGACAGCGUUACGUACUGGUGCGGUUGUGCAGAUGCUUUGUGCCAUGGCGUUGGCGUUUCUAAACCAGGAGCUUGCGAUAUUGGUAAUGGCGUUGGAUUGUCUGUCCCUGGUCAAGCUCUGCUUUUGAUCCACAUUGUCUGGCUAAUGGUUCUUGGGUUUUCUAUUCUCUUAGGCCUCUUCUGAUUUCGUUGAUUUUUGUGAGGUUGAUAGAUUUUGAGAUGAAUCUUUUGUUUAUAAUCUUUCAUGUCUAUAAUAAGCGUUUUUCUCUU